ACUCAUUAUCAAAGGCCGUUAUUAUGGUAUCUCCACUUUGGGAACUCAGCUCAUUUUUGCUUAAUCUCUUUACCUCUUCUCUUCCUUCACCUUCUGUGUCUUUUUUUUUUCAGCUUUGUGGGACUAACUGCAGCUUUCUCUUCAUCAUUCCCUGUUGACUUCAAACUGUUCUUUUAUUAUCUCUUUCUUCUCUUACAAGAACUAGCAGUUCCAUCAUCAUCUCUAACACCAUCAAGUUAAGCUUCAAUGGGCAAAUAUCGUCCUUGCCCUUCUCCGAAGUCAUUGUCCAGCAGAAUAGGAGGCAUGCUUUGCAAUUGUGGUCCAUCAAACAACUACAAGAAGCUGGAUUCAAAGCUUGAAAGGAAAAUGAUUGAAAUAAAGAGAAGUGCAUCAGGACAAUGUAAUUUCAAAUCAAUUGACAGAAUAAUCUUGAGGUUCCCUCAGUUCAGGGACGGAUUGAGAAAUCUCAGAAGCGUGUUUGAGCAGUAUGAUGAAGACUCUGAUGGAACUAUUGAUCGUGAGGAACUGAACAAAUGCUUGGAGAAACUGCAACUUCGCUUGACAAAAGAGGAGGUUGAGGAUUUGUUUCGUUCCUGUGACAUUGACAGGAGUGAAGGGAUACAAUUUAAUGAGUUUAUUGUUCUCCUAUGUCUCAUCUAUCUCCUAAUGAAGCCUUCCUCCUCUCCUGAUAAUUUGUCCACAAUGGAUUCACCACAGCUUGAGGCCACUUUUGGUACUAUUGUUGAAGCAUUCUUGUUUCUUGAUAAGAAUGGUGAUGGAAAACUGAACAAGAAAGACAUGAUGAAGGCACUAAAUGAGGCUUCUCCUUGGGAACGAUCCUCUGCACGUGUCAGCAGGACUAGAUUCAAAGAAAUGGAUUGGGAUAAGAAUGGGAAGGUCAGCUUCAGAGAGUUCCUCUUUGCUUUUAUCGACUGGGUUGGGAUUGAAAGCGAUGGAGAAACACCUGACACGGGAAGCUAA